AUGGAUUUGCCGAGUUCGAAUGACGUGAAACCACCUCCACCACAACCACAAAUGAUCCGAAUCAAGAUGAUGGGCGAGGGAAUCGUGGAGACGGAGCGCAAGCUCCCUCUGUCAGAAAAUGUGAUAACACAGGAGGCUGUCAAAAGUGUGUUUCUCCUCUCUUCGACUUCAGUCGUUGCGUUGCGUUAUGGUGAUAAUGAAGAGGCAAACUGGUGCAAUUUGGAUUCAACUGGCUCGUUUUUGCUUCCGGAUGGCUGGCCAACUAUGGAGUUCUUUCUCGAUUCUCUAUCGCCACCACCACCUCCACCACAACCACAAACGAUCCGAAUCAAGUUGAUGGAGGACGAACUCGUGGCGGUGGAGCACAAAGUAUCUUUGUCGGGAAAUGUGAUACCACAGAAGGCUGUCAAAAAUAUGUUUUCCCUCCCUCCGACUUCGAUCGUUAGGUUGCGUUAUGGUGAUAAUGAAGAGGCAAACUGGUGCAAUUUUGAUUCAACUGGCUCGUUUUUGCUUCCUGAUGGCUGGCCAACUAUGGAGUUCUUUGUCGAUUCUCGUUUGCCACCACCACCUACCACCACAACCACAAG